AUGUCUGCAGACCAGCACCAUCGGCAUUGCAUUUCUCGAGAAUAUAUUGUCUUGAUUCCAUUGCAAAAAACUUCAACUAUAAAUAAAAUUUCCAUAGAAAGACGAGAUAUUGUUGAUAUAAAAGAUAAAAAUAUUCUACAUAUUGGAGGUGGAUCAAAUGUUGAUUUUAUUAUAUAUAAAAAUUGUCCAUUAAUGCAACAAGAUAAUGAACUAGCUCCGUGUUCUUCGGAAUUUAAAGUUUUUAUGAUUGAUAAACAAACAGAAAAAUUACAUCAAGAAAAUCGAAUAUUACAUUUUUGGUUUUAUAAUCUUACAAAACAACAAUCUAUUGAUCAUACCAAUGAAUUUUUAAGUAGAUUAUUCAAAGCCGAUGAAUUUCCUCGAGAUUAUUUUUCAUUUAUUAAACGAUUAAUGGAAUUAUUGAGAUUAUUUUCAAGCAUACGAAAAUUACAACUUGAAAUCCAAACACAAACCAAUAAUAAUCAUCCGAUAUAUGAAAAUAACUUUGAACGAGACGCUGAUAUAAUAAAAGAGAAGCUUUUAGAUUUACUUGAACAAGCAUUUCCUAAUCCAAUGUUUAUCAAUGAUUUAGCAAAAUAUCUCAACUAUGAUGAUCAGAUAAUAUCCCAGUAUCUCAACGAAUUAGAAGAUAAAAAUCUUGUUAAACGACUUGAUCAUAACGGUCUACAAUGGACUCGUGUAAUCAUCUCAAAGAAAGAAGAAGAUACACAUAAAGUUAUUCUUUAUAAGUCAAUCGCUGAAUUAUCAAAUUCAUUUCGUCCAACAAUUGCAAUUAUAACAGUAAAUUAUUUUGAAAAAUUAGCAGUUGAUGCUAUGCUAGAAAAUAAAGUAACAUUCGUACGACAUAAAGCAGGUGAAUCAAAUGUUUAUACGAUUGGCAAAAUCGGCACACAUUAUGUUGUAUCAACCAAAUUACCAAUAAUUGGUCGAAGUCGUACAGCACAAAUUUCAACUGGUAGUACAACAACUCGUCUAUUGGGUACAUUUCAAUAUGUACAACAUGUUUUUCUUGUUGGUUGCGCUGGUGGAAUUCCUCAUUAUACUGAUGCAAACAAACAUAUACGACGCGGAGAUAUUAUUGUUGGAUAUCCAAACGAAGAAGAUUAUGUCUAUGGUAUUUACGAAGCUGAACAGUCUGUUGAAGGUUAUGAAUUUGUUUCUACGUGUUAUAAACCAAAGAAUUUUCAACUCUAUGAAUUAUUAAAAUCUAUAAAAGAAAAUUAUGAACAAACAAAUUCAAGCCGAUCAUCAACGCAUAAAUAUCCAUGGGAAAGAUUUCUUGAAGAAGGUAUUGAAUAUUUACUUUCACAUAAUAUCGAUUGUUUACCACCAUCGAAUGAUCGUCUUUGCAUUAAAAUGGAAGAAAACAAUGAAACUAUUGAAAUAGAACAUCCAAAUAAAGAGAAAAAAAGUUAUUCUCGGCCGACACUACGUUUUGGUAUGAUCGCAGGUGGGAAAAAUAUUAUUACAAAUGAUUAUUUUAAAGUAGCAUUAUAUGAUAAAUGUAAUGUGCUAUGUUUUGACUCUGAAAUUGAUCAAGUUAUUGCUGCUAUACAAGGCAAUCGUAUAGAAUCAUUUAUGAUUAUACGUGGAAUAUCGGAUUAUCACGAUGGAACUUUAAGUAAAGAAUGGCAACCAUAUUCAUCUUUAUGUGCUGCAGCAUUUAUGAAAACAAUUAUUUAUAAAAUUCCAAAUAAUUUAUUUUCUCAUUCCAGCAAUGAGCAUGAUUAUGAUGAAGAAAUACUUUAG